AUGGCUGACGUUUUCCCGGCCAACGACUCCACGGCGUCUCAGGACGUGGCCAACCGCUUCGCCCGCAAAGGGGCGCUGAGGCAGAAGAACGUGCAUGAGGUGAAGGACCACAAAUUCAUCGCCCGCUUCUUCAAGCAGCCCACCUUCUGCAGCCACUGCACCGACUUCAUCUGGGGGUUUGGGAAACAAGGCUUCCAGUGCCAAGUUUGCUGUUUUGUGGUUCACAAGAGGUGCCAUGAAUUUGUCACUUUUUCUUGUCCGGGUGCGGAUAAGGGACCCGACACCGACGACCCAAGAAGCAAGCACAAGUUUAAAAUCCACACUUAUGGAAGCCCCACCUUCUGUGAUCACUGUGGGUCCUUGCUGUAUGGACUUAUCCAUCAAGGGAUGAAAUGUGACACCUGCGACAUGAACGUGCACAAACAGUGCGUGAUCAACGUGCCCAGCCUCUGCGGGAUGGACCACACGGAGAAGAGGGGCCGGAUCUACCUGAAGGCGGAGGUCACCGACGAGAAGCUCCACGUCACCGUACGAGAUGCAAAAAAUCUAAUUCCUAUGGAUCCAAAUGGGCUUUCAGAUCCUUAUGUGAAGCUGAAACUUAUUCCUGAUCCCAAGAAUGAGAGCAAACAGAAAACCAAAACCAUCCGCUCCACACUGAACCCCCAGUGGAAUGAGUCCUUUACAUUCAAAUUAAAACCUUCGGAUAAAGACCGACGGCUGUCCGUAGAAAUCUGGGACUGGGAUCGAACAACUAGGAAUGAUUUCAUGGGGUCCCUCUCCUUUGGAGUCUCGGAGCUGAUGAAGAUGCCAGCCAGCGGAUGGUACAAGCUGCUUAACCAAGAGGAAGGUGAGUACUACAACGUGCCCAUUCCGGAAGGGGACGAAGAAGGCAACGUGGAGCUCAGGCAGAAAUUCGAGAAAGCCAAGCUUGGCCCAGCUGGGAACAAAGUAAUCAGUCCUUCAGAAGACAGAAGACAACCUUCCAACAACCUGGACAGAGUGAAACUCACCGACUUCAAUUUCCUCAUGGUGCUGGGGAAGGGGAGUUUUGGAAAGGUGAUGCUUGCUGACCGGAAGGGCACAGAGGAACUGUAUGCUAUCAAAAUCCUGAAGAAGGAUGUGGUGAUUCAGGAUGACGACGUGGAGUGCACCAUGGUGGAGAAGCGAGUCCUAGCCCUCCUGGACAAGCCGCCGUUCCUGACACAGCUACACUCCUGCUUCCAGACAGUGGAUCGGCUGUACUUCGUCAUGGAAUACGUCAAUGGCGGGGACCUCAUGUACCACAUUCAGCAAGUAGGAAAAUUUAAGGAACCACAAGCAGUAUUUUAUGCGGCAGAGAUUUCCAUUGGAUUGUUCUUUCUUCAUAAAAGAGGAAUCAUUUACAGGGAUCUGAAGUUAGAUAAUGUCAUGCUGGAUUCAGAAGGGCAUAUCAAGAUUGCCGAUUUUGGGAUGUGCAAGGAACACAUGAUGGACGGAGUCACAACCAGGACCUUCUGUGGGACGCCAGAUUACAUCGCCCCAGAGAUAAUCGCCUAUCAGCCGUAUGGAAAAUCUGUGGACUGGUGGGCCUAUGGCGUCCUGUUGUAUGAAAUGCUAGCUGGGCAGCCUCCCUUUGAUGGUGAAGAUGAAGACGAGCUGUUUCAGUCCAUAAUGGAGCAUAACGUUUCUUAUCCCAAGUCCUUGUCCAAGGAGGCCGUUUCCAUCUGCAAGGGACUGAUGACCAAACACCCAGGCAAGCGGCUGGGUUGCGGGCCGGAGGGGGAGAGGGACGUGCGGGAACAUGCCUUCUUCCGGAGGAUCGACUGGGAGAAACUCGAGAACAGGGAGAUCCAGCCACCCUUCAAGCCCAAAGUGUGUGGCAAAGGCGCAGAAAACUUUGACAAGUUCUUCACGCGAGGGCAGCCUGUCUUGACACCACCUGAUCAGCUGGUCAUUGCUAACAUAGACCAGUCUGAUUUCGAGGGGUUCUCGUAUGUCAACCCCCAGUUUGUGCACCCCAUCUUACAGAGCGCAGUAUGAAACUCAGCACCGAGAACCAAUGCCUCCCCAGCCCCCAGCUCCCUCCCUCAACAGUGGGAAAUGAUCCUUAACCCUAAAAUUUUAAGGCCAUGGCCUUUUUCCUUGUUCCGGAUGGGGGGGCCCUGAAAAUUUUAGGGUUAUUAGUCCAAAUGUGAGUAAAUGUUCAGGGUCUCUCUUACAACCAAGAAACAUUAUCUUAGUGGAAGAUGGUAUAAUGUACAGUGUCCAGUUUAAUUAUGUAGAAGUCAUUAUCUGGCUGUAGGUUAACCCUUCCUAGAAAGCAAACUCUCCCCCGUUUUUGGUACGAUUUGAUAUAUUUUCCUUGCCCCUCUGUCGAUUUCCACCAUUGGGAUCCCCCAACCAGAGAUGUUAAAAUGAACCUGUCCCGGGGCCAGUGACUCAUCACCUGAGACGUCUUUGGAACGAAGAACGGGGAGCCCAGAAUGUGAGCCGGGUGGGAUUGGGGGUGGGGGAGGCUUUGAAAUACCUGCUGCUUCUGUUCUCUGCCUCAGGGGAAACAGUCCCUAGAAUUCAGGAGGCCGAGAUGAAUCAAGUCCCCACCGGUGAGUCCUUUGCAAGUUCACCGUUACCAGAUGUUGACAGUCUUAACCCAGUCACGGUCCAGUGAUUACUGGUCUUCAAAAAGAAAGCGAGGGAACCUCAGAUGAACGUUGGGUAAAUCUGUCAGCUCCCCUAUUUGGUUGAUCAUUGUCUUGAUACUUGCAUUUCUUUUUAAGAGGCCAAAUCUUCUAAGGACUUUGCUAAACGAGCAUGUGAAAUCAUUUCAGAUCGAGGAUAAACCAGUGCGUAUGUAUGUUCAUUUUAAUCUCUGGGAGAUUAUUCUGUGAUCCAGGGUGCCAUCAGCAAUCAUGCCACUACUCACGAGUGUUGUUAGCCAACCCCCACCCUCCAAGCAAUAUUUUGCUACCUACUUUCUCAGAAGCUGAAGCGUACGCCCCACCCCCUUUUGUACUUAUUUAUUUACUAGGCUGCGGUGUCGUUUAUGAGAGUACGGUGUGCAGUAACUUAACAGAGUGUCGACUGUUGCAUAAGUCUCCACUGAUCGAUUUCCGUCCCAUCUCCAGCCCUUGACAUCCGCUAAGGGAUGAAAACCAAUAGUUGGGUCCCCAUUUCCGGUUCAUGUUGAAUGACACACCUGAGGCUGUAGAAUCAGGAAAACCUGGAUGCACAUCAGCUCGAAGAUGUUUUAUUGCUAGAAGGAUUUUAAUAUGUUUUGCAAAUGCAUCAUGCAAUGAAUUUUGCAUGUUUAUAAUGAACCUUAAUAACAAGUGAAUCUAUAUUAUUGAUAUAAUCGUAUCAAGUAUAAAGAGAGUAUUAUAAUAAUUUUAUAAGACACAAUUGUGCUAUAUUUGUGAAGGCUCUUGUUUCUAAUCUGCUUUUAUGAUUAAGUUUUCGCUUAAUUCCUCUCUGCGUGCUUCCUCUUCCCCCAUCCCCACCCCCCCCACGUACCCUGCACAUUGGCACUGUAUUGGAUAUAUUAAUUUUUUAUCGUAGAUCUAAUUUUAAAUGAAUGGCUAUUUUACAUGAUCAAUUAGGCUUAUAUAUAUAUAAAUAUAUAUAUAAACAUUUGAUUCUACCUGCAAACAAAAGUUUUUGUUUUCGGAGAUUAUUUCCGAGACUACACACUCUCCUCACUGCUCAGCGCCAUUUUCCACUCCUAUGCCACUCUUCCUCUUGGGGACCUCAGGAAGUGUUUGACUCCAAUCUACCCUCGUCUGUUUGUGUAGGUGUAAUCUUGUCACCGCCCCCGGGCUGGACUUUGUUUGGUUUUUCCUUUUCAGCCUUGUUACUGUUGGUGACUCUGGGUGGGAGGGACAGGAAGACGCCCUUCCUGCUAUGUGCGUGCGGACGCCCCGGAAGCACACCAUCCACCUUGCUGCCCCCGGAACGACUUGCCCGUUGCUCCGGCACCUACAGACUUCAUGGGACCACCGUCCAGUCCAGCAGCCCCCCUGGGCACAGCUGUCCCCUGGCGCUACCCGCAGACUCUUUGGCAGCCGCAGAUUUUCUUCCCCCCGUUGCUAGAACCAGCCUUUCCAGCCUUGCGAGGAGGGCCUCUGUGGUGACACCGCACUGACGCAAGGUCCUCAGAGAAGCCAGCCUCCUACGACAGAACAUCCAACACGGAAACAGUUGUCAGGUCUUACGGGGCCGCUCUGUUUCGCCUUGUUCCCCAAAUGUGUCUCCCAUCUACACGCUGCCUCAUUUUUACCCUCUCUUUGCCUGAAAUUCCUGUAACACAAUGACCAUGGAAGGGUCUUUGAGAUUGAGAGGCCUGGUCUGUCCUGGGAACCCUUGACUGGAGGAAGAGAUGGGGUAGGCAGUGGUCAGCCCAGAAAAGAGCAACUUCCUCUGCCGUGUUUUAUGGGCUGUAGGCGUCGGAACCCAAAAAGGGCCCCAGCACGCCCAGAGCUGCAGUCCUCCUGGUCCGUGCACAUUUAGGGGACCCUUCCUCGCCAGGUACACCUCAUUCGUUUGGGCAGAAAAAGGACCAGUUUAUGGAACGAGCCUAAGAAACAAAAGAGCCAGUCACCCUGCCCCAGAAUGGAGCAGCAGCAGAUCGGACCCCCAGCCAAGCCCCAGGCAGGGAGGAAAGUUUCAAAAAGGAGCACAUGGGGGCUUCCGGACCGUUCAUUCCCAAGCCCCACGCCACCUGCUCGUUUCUGAGCCAGCCACAGUCUCAGGCUUUCCCUCGCACAGCCAACACAUUUCCAAAUUAUUCAUAAUUCUCCAGGAAACAUAUUCAGCAUCUCAGCUGGCUUGUAUUCUUUCAGAAUGUGUGGCAGAGUCUUAAAAGAAAAUCUGGCUGCAGGGCCCAGCACUCCGCCUGCGGGACAGCAGGCUUGAGGACAAACUUGGGGGAGGGGAGGACAGUAAACCUCAGGGCCUGCGGAAGUGUCACCGUGAUGUGCCCUGCUUGGGACAUGGCUUUGUACCGAAUCUAGAUAAAGGCUGAUGUUUUAAAGGUCUGAGCAGCCCAAGACAGUUAUUUCUGAAAGAAUAAACCGUGGGAGUGACCAUUACCAACUGUUAGACCAGCUUAUAAAAGAAGCGAUCUCUACAGUUCGGUAGUGUCGCCCCGCAUCGUGUGCAUUGUGUGAAAACCGCAGGGGAGGGGCCCUCUUUUGACGGCAGCUGGCAGCUGGGAUGAGAACACUUGAACUCUUGAAGUUCAGCCCCCCAGCGCUGCCCGUAUCACGGGGGCCUUGGAGCUGCGGCCCUGGCAGAAUCUCGCUCAGUCUGGUUCCCCACGGGACCCCUCGGUCCGUGACUCUGAAGGGUCAUUCACGUGGCCUCGCGUGCUUUUCCCCUGGACAGUGGGGGCUGCUCAGCCCCAGAACUUGGCUCUGAGGCCGCAGGCCGGUGGGCUGGCAACCCCUCUCCGCAUCUUGUCUAAAGACGCUAGAUGCUUGGUGUCGAUGGAAGUAUCUGGAGUGUGAGGCCGGGUGUAGCCCUCAGAGGUUAAUGGGAAGAACUAAUUCAAAACGCCUUCUCUUUGAUCCCCAGGAGCUGGGGCCAGCGAAUGCAGAACCUCAGUCUGGCUUGUCUUAGGAGAUGUGUCAGGCUGCCGUAUUAGGCAUUUUGGCAGAAAAUCAGAGCAUUCAGGGCACUUUGGAAACCUGACGGGAGUUGGCUGGCUGGAAGGUGAUGAAAGACUGCAGUUGGCACAACCCGCCGGUUGUGGAGCGCCUCUCUGAGCCGCGUCCUUGCUGGAACGAGUGUGCAGACCCAAGGGAGCCGCCCGCCGAUGUUCAGAGAGGGGCGAGGUCAUGGAGGCAGAGGUCUGUAAGGUGUUUAAGAGAAAUGCAGGGGUGGAGUGUAUCCAGAAGGACGCUUAGAGGAGGAAAAAGACAGGAGAGCAUGGAAGGAGAGGGCAUAUCAGGACAGAAGCUUGCCGCCGUUUCCAGUGGCUUUGCCUGCUGCUUGCUGGUGCGUUUGCUCUCCACCUCGUGCGGGUCCUGGAGAGCAAGUGUGUUGCCAGGGACACAGGCUAGUCCUCCUCAGAAAGGGUCCCCAGCAGCCGCUGGAAGCCCCCUGCCCCUGCCUGCCCGGAGGUGGCCCACAGUUCUCCGGGCAGAGCCAAACCAUCCCGCACGCCCUGGGAGCCAGGAGGUGCCCACCGUCGUCCUCUGUGGCUUCCUGCCGGGAAGGAGGGUGGCAGCGGAUGGAUGCGGAAGUGGCAAAACGAACCAACACCACCGUUCCUACCGGAUGGCGCUUAGCAGGAGAAAUCUGGGUGUUUUGCUGGGAUUCAUUUUCUCAGGGCUGAGGAGGGAGGAAAGGUGAGAGUCUUGAUAUUUUUAAAUGCCUCGGAAAGGCAACAGCAGCUGACAGUCACUUCCUCACUUUGGUCUUACGAAGUCGUCUGCUGCUUGUGUGCGCAUAUCACACCGUUUCCUGCCUCUUCAAGCCCAGGAGGGCAGGCGUGCCUGACCCCCCACUGAGCACACCUGUCAUCAUCAGGAAGGAGAUGCUGACCCGGGGACCCAAAGGAUGAUGGUCGUUCAGAGUUACAGCAGCAGCGAGGCCAUGACCGUUCCAGGGAGGGAAAAGGGCGCUGUGGUUCUUAGUGACCGCACGCUAAUGGGACAAGUGGGGAACGGUUUUUUAAAACAUCUUCCUUGAGUUGCUUGGGUCACAUCUUAUGAAAUAUACCGGACUGUAAACAUGUCUGUCAUUUCCCAUUUGGGCCAGUGAGACAAAAUCUAGGGAAUGUUAGGUAUUUCUGCUGCGGAAGAUACAGAAACUUGGGAAAGGUCACCUGAGUUGUAGUGAGUGAAGGCAUCUAGAAAGGGUGUCAACCACAAUCUGGUUCAUUUUCUAAUGUCCGGGACUCUUUGGGAGGGUUAAAAUCAUGUAUGACUAGGACCCCUGUGCCUCUGAUCUGUGUGGUCAGGUGUCCAUUGAUAAUUGUGUAGGUCAAACUCAGUCAUCAAACAGCCUCACAAUGACCCUACACUAAGGCCCACAAGUUCCAAAGACUUUUUUUUAAACCUUAAGGAAGAAAUUAGUUAAUUCCAAUAGAAUAACAGAAUACUGGGCUAUUUGUACUUUUUUUAUAAAGAACUUUAAUAACUCAAUUCUUCUUUUAAAAUAAGUUUUUAAAAUAAAACUACUGACAAUUUGAUAAGAUUCCAAUCCCAUGGAGCCUGUAGGAGGACUCAGCGGGGGUCACCUAGAGCGCCCCUGACCUGCACUCCCACUGCAGGAUUUUCCUAUGCCACUGGUAUAUGGAGUCCACAUCAGAAUGGCUGGGAAUUCGGGUGGAAUGUGUUGGCAGACUGAUGCCCUUCAUGUUUUUGAUGCACACUGGGGACAACCGUCUAAGGUCUGGAAACUUUUGGACCAUAGGAAAGAUAGCUUUAUUGUCCCCUUCCAGAUGCAGCCCUAGGAUAGCAUCCCCCUGGGGUCCCUGGGAUCCCUUUCCUUGCUCUGUGAGGCUCUGUGACCACCUUUUGGUUUGGGGGGGGGCAGAGCACUUCCUCAGCUUGGUCUCCAGUCCCCACGGGUCCCCCAAGGCUCACACUCCGUGAAAAUUCAGAGGUGCCCUGUAAGUAUUUUGUCCACUGGGCAAUUCAGAUAUACUUCAAUAUCCCCGAGAAAGAAGAGAUGGCAGCAAACACUCCCAAGGGCAUCUGUCUCCAAAUUCUCUCUUACGUGAGUAGACAGUACCCUACUUUUCAGAAACUAUCAAGUCUCCUUUAUAAGAACCUUUUUUUUUUCUAAAAUAAGACAAAAGGUGGCUUUGCAUUUUCUGAUUCAAUAACUGUGUCUUUGUUUCCUCUGCUUAACUUUAGGCGUAUUUAUCCCUGUGAUUGUCCAUAGAUUUUUGUGGCUGGUCUUCCUGGGAGAAAGGGAUUAAGGGGAUUAGUGGACUGUUCAGAAUCAUCUCUGAAAGCAGUUAUUCUUUUGAGUCUAAAUGGUCUAAAAAUUCACCUCCUAUCCCUUCUGUCAGGGUCUUUCAGAAUAUCUUUUAUAGAUGGUCAGAGACAUUUGAAAUCAUUGCUUUUGCUGAGAGAGAGAAAGAGUGUGUGUGUGUGUGUGUGAGAGAGAGAGAGAGAGAGAGUGUGUGUGUGUGUGUGUGUGUGUGUGAAGGACAUGUCAUGUUUAAAUCAUUCAUUGGAAAACAUCGUCUAAGACCCCAAAUCUGUACAGAGGAGGAAGGUGAAGAGAUGGAGGUCGAGGCUUGUCCUUCUGUAUCAUCACCUUCGGACACCAGGUAGAGGCCAUUCAACUGCCCAAUAACGUUUGGUGUAAAGCAGGCGGGGUGGGUGUGCAAAUGACUGCGCGGCUUUCCUCAGUUUGUGUAACCUCUGCUCUCUGUUUGCAUGACAUGCUUUGUUAGAUACAUUAGCUGUAGUUUGGAAGCAGGUGUGUACGAAUAAAUAUAAUGAUCAUUCCUCAGCGUC